GUCUUGUGGAAUCAAAUCUUAUCACAUGAUAUCACACUAUAAAACUAGAACACGCUGCACUGUUGCCAGAGCUGUUACAGUCGCCCUGAAGAACAACAUGGAGCAGAUUAUGAAGCAAUUGAGUAUGGAUGAGAAAAAUGAUGAGUGUCUGGAGUCUGCCAGCAAAAAGGAGAACAUCUUCUUACACUUACCCUUGGCCAUGGUUAAAGACAUGAAUCUAGAAGAAAAAGAAGAAUAUCCGCAGAAACCAAAAGAGUCUGAAAUUAGUACAGAAGGCAGUCCUACAGAAGGAGAAUAUUCUGUGGAUAAAGUGUGGUGUAAAAGCGAGAGCUAUAGCAUGACUUGGUGCACUUACACCAAACAGUGUGGGAUCGCAUAUGCUGAAAAACGUCAGGUUCAGAUCCAGAGUUUAGGCCAGACAAUCAUCUCUCCUGAUUCUUUCCCAAGAAGAAAGACUUGCCUAAAUAAUUCCAAUAAUUCCAAACCUGACAGGAUGAUAAUAUCAUACUACAAGACUAACAUAGAAGGUCUGAAUGGUCAGCCUGUCGUGUUAAACUUUAGUGGCUCGAAUCAGUUCCUGAAGUGCGCAGACAAGAAUGGCAAAGCAGUUCUCACUCUCGAGAAUGUGGAGGAUGACAAGCUGAAGACUAUCUGUAAGAAUGACAAAACCACAUGGCCUUUUGUCUUUUUGCUCUCAUGUACGAAGGACAACUUGCGUCACUUUGAGUCAGCUGCCUGCAGUGGUUGGUACAUCCAUACAGGGUCUAACUCAGUGUAUGCAGGUUCUGGAAUAGAGAAAAAAUUUGAGAGUACUUAUCAAAUUGUCCACUUCCAUGAAGGCUUCAACCCCAAUAAAUAGGCCCUACUAGUUCAUCUGUAGAGCCAUGCUGAAAACUGUAUGAGGACAGUAUCCUUUUAAAGUGCUUAUAACUUUAAGCUCUCUCUUAAGUUUAUAAGUUCUCAGUGUAUUGUUUGUUACUAUCAUUUAUAUAAUUCUGUAAUGACAUAUUGUCUCUUGAACCUACUUAGGCCUUGCCAAGAUUUCUGUAUGGCCUAUUUUAAAGCCUAUAAACACAAACGUUUGAAUAAAAGUGUUGCUAGUGUUGAUGUUGCUAGUGCUAUAUGUACAAAGAAAAUGAAGAUCUGCUUCACAUUGUAGCUAAUUGAAUUCAGUGUACCUGAUAAUCCAGAAAUUAAGAUUAUUUUCUUUAAUAUAGAUUAUUAUAUGUGGAAUAAAAUGAAGUAAAAUUCAAGGAAUGUACACUAUAAGGAAUAACUAAAGUCAGAUAGGAUUAUACUAGUAGACUGUGAAUAUACAGGUAUUAUCCUGGGAAAUUAGUUUGCUAUUUCUUUAGAUGCUCCUCAUAUGAAUAUGUGAUGUCACUGUAAUUGUAUUAUGUACAAUGCAACAAGCUAUAAUACACAGCCAACUUCAUAUAAUAAAAUAUAAAUAUAUAAUGUAUGUAUCUUAUAAUUAACCGUGUAUGAAUUGCAAUUGCCUGAUCAGAGCACUGAAACUGUAAUACACAUGGAUAUCUUUUCAGACAGGCCCGGGCCUGUCUGAAAAGAUCGGACCGUGAAAAAAAUUCACAGUAAAUUUUUUUAAAUAAUUCCUCUUCAAACUCACCAUAUCUUUUUUUAAUUUUUUUAAAUAAUUCCUCUUCAAACUCACCAUAUCUGGCAAUAUAAUUGUAGCAGGAGGUACCGUCUAAGUCAGAAUCCUGCCUAAAUGUAACAAUACCGUAGAUCUUUGUUUGGAGAGCAGAGUCAUUCGUGAACGGGCCAGGGUGCAACUGGCCGAGCGCCACACCCUCUCUGAUUGCGCACCGAUUGCGUCAAACCCAGUGUUAAAUGACUCAUGACAAUGACUCACCUGAUUCGAGUCCCACUUCCCUGGGCAAGUUACCAGCAGCCUGCUGAAAAUAAAAGGGGAGCAAAGACCAGUUAUACCAGGAGCCGAGCGUUAAAAUGAUAGAGUCAUACCAGGGGUCCACAGAAAACCAAUGGGCGGUGAUCCCAGGGGUCGCUAGAAAAAUAACACUUGGUUAUACCAGGGGUCCAAUGAAAAAUGAAUGUGAGUUUAUCCCAGGGGCUGAUAGAACAGCCAGUUAUCCCAGGGGCCAAGGUUGAUUUUUGGUGCCCUGUUGGGUCUUUAACUGUAGUGGCAGUAGGGACAGGCUUAAGUGCAGGUGCCCAUGUACUGCCGGUGCACCAGAUAACGAGCGUUUCUGCGUAGGCCCCAGGGGUCCGUAGGUGAGUAUCUCAGUGCCCCGAAGUGCAAAAUCUGGAGUGGAUCAAACACCGUGGGUAGACAUUACGCAGCCAUAGAUGCGGCUUGGUUCCAGGGCUCCUAUCUUGGGGCCCUGUGGCCCCAUCAGGUCGGGGCUGGUGGCAUUCGACGCAGGCCUUCCCUGGAGACAUGCCUGUGAAAUGUGGCGCAAUUCUGACUGGCAGGUCUUGAGCCACAGUCCUCCAGAAACGUGACAGGAGCUACAGAGCUGGAAGAACGGAGCAAGGGCGAGACAGCAAAUUCUGAGGAUCUCCGAGAGUCUAUGGCCAGCCGCAUUCGGCCCAAAUUUCCUGGUCCAUAUUUUGGUCCCCCAAAGGGCUAGAGGGAUGAGACAGGGCUCAUCAGACUUCUCAUGGCCUCCUCUACGAAUCUAAAGUGGAUCAGUUGCUGUGGGCAGAAGUAGCUGUGAAGCUGUUUGAAGCCGCAUCACUUGCGGAUGGAUAAAUGGAUGUUAGGGAAUGGCAAAACACAAAUUUUUGGACAGUGUGGAGCCUGUGUCAGAGAGCCAGAGGGCAGCUCGGAUACCCUCUCGGACAGCCAGAGAGCUCUUCCCUCAGCCCCAUCUCCCUCUCCCUCUCAGUUAAUAAAUCCAUCUCAGAUAAGUUCAGCAUGAUCUAAUCUAUGAUCACGAUAAAAAUUAACCUUUAUUUGUGCAUAGAGUAGGUCAUUUUGAACUGUUCUGCGUUUUAUCAACUUACAUCUUGAAAUAUCCAUUUUAUAAUGGAUUAUAAAGUGCCCCCUGGCACAAUUAUAUUGCCAGAUAUGGUGAGUUUGAAGAAGACUUUUAUUAAAAAUUUCAUUUUGUAUAAAUUUACUGUUCUGUGUCUCCUGGUGAUCAAUAACUGGGCCCCAUGUUUGCUAGCAAAGCCUCUGAAGAGCUGGUCCCAAGCCAGGAUUAAAUGGGAGGGUUUCGUCAGAAAGGGCAUCCUACAUAAAACCUGUGCAAAAUCAAAGCAUGCAGACUAAAUGAUCCACUAUGGUGACCCCAAACAGGGAGCGCAAGAAGAAGAGCAACAACAUUAAUUUAUUGUUCUGAGGUGUAGAAGCUUUCUGCUUUCAGCACUAUUACCGAAAAUUAUAUAAAAGCUGUGCCCCUACAAUAUACGUGCAGCUAGUUUAACGGUGCUUUCACAAACAGCGGCUGGCUUAACUGCAGUCUCCAUGCCGAGAACACAGGUCAUAGAGGUGGUCUGCUAGUUCUGAUCCUAUGGAUCCUGUUUAUCCGUUUGGGUAACGGGCCCUGCUUGGUAUCAUUCUACAUCCUGCCCAGACAACAGAAACAGCACUGGUUAAAGUAGUAAAUGCUUCACCUGCUGCUGGCCUCUGAUCAAGGUUGUGUCUCUUUGCUUGUCUUGCUUUGACACCAGUGAUCAUAUUAUUCUCUUUGAUAGACCAAAUGCUGUUGGAGUUAAGAAAACAGCCCUC